GUAGUGAGGGGCAUUUUCAUUUCACGACACGCUAAAGCUGAACGGUGAACGGUGAACGUGAAGACGCGAACAAAACCUAUUGCCUGUUUGGGUUUUCUCUGGUUUUCACGGAAGUCAUGAAAAAAUAUCAAAAAUAUUUGUAUUGAAAGAUAAAAAUAAUAAGUGGGCUCAACAAUCAGCUCGUACUGAUUCACCAAAGGAGAGACCAUGAGCGUUCUAAUGAGAAGUUUGCUUCGCCAAUGCGUUUUUCAUGGCCAUGCAAAGAUUCGAGUGCAAAGGAAAUUGCAAAUACUUUGCUACAACAAUAUACCAAAAGACACACGAAACCGCUUCUUCAUCAGAGCACAGUAUCUUUCAACACAAGUGAACUCAAAUACAGAAGUAGAUAGUAAAACAAGAGAAAAUACAAACAUCUGCAGCAUUGGUACCAUUGGCCACGUCGAUCAUGGUAAAACGACCCUGACUGCUGCUAUCACCAAAUACUUAUCAGAAAAAUACAAAAACUGCAACUACGUGUCCUACGAUCAAAUUGACAAAGCACCUGAGGAAAAAGCCCGGGGUAUAACGAUAAACAUAGCUCACGUUGGUUAUGCAACCAAAUAUCGAAGAUAUGCCCACACCGAUUGUCCUGGUCAUGCAGAUUUUAUUAAAAAUAUGAUCUGCGGGGCUUCACAGAUGGAUGGGGCAAUUUUAUUAGUUGCUGCGGAUGAUGGUCCUAUGCCACAAACCAAGGAACAUCUUCUUCUAGCUAAACAAAUUGGAAUCAAACACAUCGUUGUCUAUAUAAAUAAGGCAGAUCUGGCGGACGACGAGUUAUUGGAACUCGUAGAAAUUGAGGUACGGGAAAUAUUGUCAAAUUUCGGCUUCGACGGAUGUUCGACUCCAAUAGUCAUAGGUUCGGCCACGAUGGCAUUGAAUGGAGACACUUCGAAAUAUGGUUUACCCUCGAUCGAGCGCUUGCUCGACGCAGUUGAUCAACACAUACCAACACCGACACGCGAUUACGAUUCUCCGUUCCUCAUGCCAAUAGACAAUUCUUUUACCGUGCCAGGUCGAGGGACCGUUGUUGUCGGUACUGUAAAACGUGGAACGAUGAGGAAAAACGCGAAUGCGGAUUUGUUGGGUUUCGAUACCGAUGCUCGAACUACAAUUUCUGACCUGCAGAUAUUCCAGAAAAGCGUGCCGCAAGCAUUGGCUGGUGAAAACGUCGGCGUAUUACUUCGUGGGAUCAAAUCGACGGAUGUGUACAGAGGGAUGUUGCUCUGCGCGAAAAACUCACUUGUGACGAGCAAUCAUUUCGAAGCAGAAAUGUAUUUACUUGAAACCGCCGAUGGUGGACGACACAGGCCUUUACAACGUUCAGGAUGGUGCAUCCCGAUCUACAGCGAAACGUGGUGCGUUCAGUGCCGAUUCGAUUUUAUCCUUCCACCAGGAACAAACAUGCUGAUGCCUGGGGAACAUGCGACGACGCGAUUGACUCUGAUAAGACGUAUGCCCGUCUUGGUCGGACAAAGUUUCACCGUGCGAGACAUGAAGAGAACCGUCGCAACUGGUAUAAUAACAAAAAUAUUGCCUUCUUUGACAGUCGAUAAACAAAGAAUGAACCUAGUUGUUGUGCCAGACUUGCAGUGAAGUGCAAAAGCGAGAAGUUGACCAGACGUUGGAAAAAAACGAAAUAAGAAUAAAGAAAUAAUAAGAAUUGUAAUUAUGUAAAAACUUGUAAGAAGAUCCGAGUAAUUAACUUUAUUUACAUUCGA